AAUCCCGCGAGGAUUUGAAAAAGUCCUCGCGGGAUUUCUGGCUUCCGGGAAGAAGGAGGAAGAACUGUCAGUGUGGUGGUCGGAGGGGCCGUAGCCGCAAACUGGCAGCCACGCUUCCGUCAGUCUACCCCAGGGCAGCUGUGGCUACGGGUGUAGCUUACCACCACCAGGCAAGAUGGCGGAUGCAAAGGAGUCAUGCAGAGAGGGCCCAGGGCGACAGACACUGCUGCAGGUGUCCGACUCCCACGGACGCCAGUUACUGGGUGUGCUUCGGUCCUUUCGAGAGCGAGGACUUCUGUUUGACUUCACCAUAAAAGUUCAAGAGCACACUUUCCCCUGCCAUCGCUGUGUUCUUUAUGCAUGCAGUGAUUUCUUCCGGGCCAUGUUUGAGGCGGACAUGCGAGAGCGGGAUGAUGGUUCAGUGACACUUUGUGAGCAGACUCCAGAGGUACUGGGCUCCUUCUUGGACUUCGCCUACUCUGGCCACAUUCUUAUCACGGAAGGAAAUGUACACUCGCUCUUUCAGCUCGCCUCAUUUUUACAGGUGUCACUCCUGUCCAGAGCGUGUGGUGACUUCCUGGCGGCGACCUUGGAUGUCGCCAACUGCUUGCCACUCUUGAACCUCGCCGAGGCGUACGGCUCGGUCGCCCUGCGUCAAAGUGCCGCCGACUUUGUGGUUCGCAACUUCCACGAGCUUUCCGACGUGCGGGACUUUGUGGAUAUGCAGGUGGACGUGUUGGAGGAAUGCCUGAGGUCCGCCGCCCUGGGCGUUCCCAGUGAGGAGGCUGUGGUGAUGUCACUUCUCAGGUGGAUACGUGGAGAUCUUCCUGGGAGGCAGAAGCUGCUUCCUGGGUUGUUAUCACUCACCAGGCCUCACCAUCUCCCUCCACCUGCACUCCAGACCCUUCUGGAAUCCGAAACUCUGCUGAGGUGCGAUGAGUCCUGUGUGGCCCUGCUCACCGAGGCUCAGAGCAGACAGAGUCGCCAGCGCGGACUGUUCACCGACGCCAGGCCCGCCACCACCCGGACUUACAUUUAUGUCCACAAGACGGAGGACAACGGAGAGACCUGCCAGUCCUUCUGCUACUGUGUGGCGACAGACCAGUGGAAGGAGCUGACAAUGAGCCAUGGAGUAACAGCCAUGCCAGACCCACCGGGCUCACACCUGACCAGCUUCGCCGAGAAGAUGUUUGUCACCGGGGGUUGCCGUGGAAACUGUCGCCCCGCUGUGCGCCUCCAUGUGGAAGAGUCUUUCCACCAUGCCACCAACGACGUGUGGUGCUUCUGUCCUGUCACAAGGACCUGCACGCCCGCCCCGGCCAUGCUGAAGCCCCGAACCAUGCACACUGCCGUGGUCUGCCUUGACCGCGUGUAUGUCAUCGGGGGGCGGACUCAGGGACCUAGCGGGUGUCUUCACAGUCUUCUAGAGGUGGAGUAUUACGAGCCGCUGAACAGUCGCUGGUUUCCGGUCAGUCCUCUGCCCACCGCAGUCUUCUACCCGGAGGCCAGUGCUUGCGGCAACAAGAUCUACACUCUGGGAUCACGAGAGGAGAGAAGCGACUCCUUCAACCCCUCGCUGGACUGCUUCUUCAGCUACCAUGCCCAUCACGACCAGUGGAGCCGCCUGGUGGCAGACUCUGGUCAGUUCUUCCACGCGGCGCUGGUCAAAGCGGUUUCCAUUCGUCAGACUCUGCACCUCUGUGACCUGUCCACUCACAAGAUGUACAGUUUCUGCCCUGAGACAUGCGCGUGGAAGGAUAAGGGAUCCUUCGGGUGUGCAGGGUUCAAUGCUGAAGCGGUGGGUACCUGGGACAAAAUCUACAUCCUGGGAGGCGACUAUUCCCCCAACGAGAUCACAGAUGAAGUCCAGGUGUACCACAGUGACCGGGGCCAAUGGGAAGAGUUGUCCUCGAUGCCCAGAGCGCUGACUGAAUUCCACUGCCAGCUCAUCAGCUUCAACAGGCACAGUGACCCCUGGUGUGACCUUUGACGCACAAACGUCGAAACGGUGGUUAACAUGUUGGUCUCCCGGUCUGGAGAUCAAAGGUUCAAAACAGACUCAAUGACUCCACGGUAACGUUGUAGUGAAUUUACUGAGGAUUGUGUGAAACAAUACCAAAAUAAUUACUUUAAAAGUUAAUAAUACUAACACGGGCACUUGUAAACGUGUUAGCUGAUUAGCUAAUGCUAAUAACGCUAGCUUGAUUACAUUACAAUAGCAGGUAGAAAUAUGCAUGAAAACACUCUUACAGAUAUCACACACGGGAUGGUUUAGUAAGCAAGAAUUGUUUUAGCCCCCCGCGACCUCAAAGGGAAUAAGCGGUAAAAAAUGGAUGGAAUUGUUUUAGUUAUAUUGUAAAAACUUACAAAUGCUGCUUGGAGUGAUGAACGAAGAAUCCGUACGAGUUUAAAACGUUUAAGACAAAACGGGAUAUACUUCCGGUUCAAGGCACGGAACAGAAAGUGGAUUUUCAACCUGCAGCAGUGAGCGAACUAGCCCAAAAGAUGGCGAUGUAGCACAAACAAUAACACAUUAACAGUGUGUCUGUUGAAAACUACUUGGCAAACAAAAAUUCAUAAGUUAGCCGCACAGUUUUAGAAGCCACAGGGUUCAGAGCAUAGGUAGGAAGUAGCGGCUUAUCGUCCAAAAAAUACGGUAGAUUUUUUCUUGCACUAUCUUAAAAAAAAAAGUAAUUUCGGCAGACAUUUCGUGUGAAUGAAGAGCCAAAGCCGAAUAGAAAUUCUGGCCAGAUAGUGUCCAGCAAAUAAAAAUAUGAGCUAACGUGCUAACAACAACACGCUUACAGUUAGCAUUAGUGAAAUAGCAGAAUAUAGCUGAGAUGACGCUGCUACCUAACGAUGGGUACCGUACGGUACCAAUCCCCAGUAUCUGGAAAUCAAUAGUCGUACUAAAUAGUACCAAUUUUGUUUGUUAAUAAAUGUUAAUUGUUUAAUAAUAAAAUGUUAUUUUUUCAUGUAACAUUUAAAAAUGGGCUAAUAACUGUGCUGUCCAGUUGAGUCUCUCUUGCAAUGCAGUUGUGCUUCCAAGACAUUAGAUGGCAGUACUGUACAGGUUUUAUGUAGUAUGUGGUCUAACGAAGAAGUUGAAUGUGUUAUGUUGCGCCCUAAAAAGUGUUAAUACUGUAAGUAUUGUACUUAUUACGCAGCAGCUGUUGGAGUGUAGCAUCCAUCUCAGUUGUGGUUUUCAUUGACACUUGAAGAAUAAAAAUAAGACAAUCAACAUAACAUUAAAGUCAGUUGUGAAUGAGAAGAAGCAGGAAGAAGUUAAAAUCGUAUAUUUGGUCUUUCCUGGUCUCAGACCAGGAAGAAAGCAGAGUGGGCGGGGUUUGUUUUCAGAGCGGCCAGCCCGAAACGUGUGUCAGAAACAGAUGCGGAAGCAGAUUUUUACUCGGUAGUAUAUCAUGUUGUAGGUGUUUAUUACACUUUGCAUUCAUAUUUUGCUGUUUGUUACAUUUUUGUUGUGUUUUGCUUGAUUUUAAAACAAUACACAACUGUCGAGGAGCUGAUCUGAGAAGUAAAAGAGGACCGAUGCUCAUAUGUUAAUAUUCAGUGUUUAAUUGUUCAUAGUUAAUAUUGUAAAGCCCACUUUAAAGAGGAGCGAUGUUCAUAUUUUGUUAAUAUUCAGUGUUUUAUUGUUCAUAGUUAAUAUUGUAAAUUCCACUUUAAAGAACAGCGAUGUUCAUAUUUUGUUAAUAUUCAGUGUUUUAUUGUUCAUAGUUAAUAUUGUAAAGCCCACUUUAAAGAGGAGCGAUGUUCAUAUUUUGUUAAUCAGUGUUUUAUUGUUUCUAGUUAAUAUUGUAAACUCCACUUUAAAGAAGAGCGAUGUUCAUAUUUUGUUAAUAUUCAGUGUUUUAUUGUUCAUAGCUCAUAUUGUAAAUUCCACAUUAAAGAAGAGCGAUGUUCAUAUUUUGUUAAUAUUCAGUGUUUUAUUGUUCAUAGUUAAUAUGGUAAAUCCCAGUGUAAAAAGGAGCGAUGCGCAAAUGUUAAUAUUCAGUGUUUUAUUGUUCAUAGUUAAUAUUUUAAAUCCCACUUUAAAGACGAGCGAUGUUCAUAUUUUGUUAAUAUUCAGUGUUUUAUUGUUCAUAGUUAAUAUUGUAAAGCCCACUUUAAAGAGGCGCAAUGUUCAUAUUUUGUUAAUAUUCAGUGUUUUAUUGUUCAUAGUUAAUAUUGUAAAUUCCACUUUAAAGAACAGCGAUGUUCAUAUUUUGUUAAUAUUCAGUGUUUUAUUGUUCAUAGUUAAUAUUGUAAAUUCCACUUUAGAGAGGAGCGAUGUUCAUAUUUUGUUAAUAUUCAGUGUUUUAUUGUUCAUAGUUAAUAUUGUAAAGCCCACUUUAAAGAGGAGCGAUGUUCAUAUUUUGUUAAUAUUCAGUGUUUUAUUGUUCAUAGUUAAUAUUGUAAAGCCCACUUUAAAGAGGAGCGAUGUUCAUAUUUUGUUAAUAUUCAGUGUUUUAUUGUUCAUAGUUAAUAUUGUAAAGCCCACUUUAAAGAGGAGCGAUGUUCAUAUUUUGUUAAUAUUCAGUGUUUUAUUGUUCAUAGUUAAUGUUGUAAAUUCCACUUUAAAGAAGAGCGAUGUUCAUAUUUUGUUAAUAUUCAGUGUUUUAUUGUUCAUAGUUAAUGUUGUAAAUUCCACUUUAAAGAGGAGCGAUGUUCAUAUUUUGUUAAUAUUCAGUGUUUUAUUGUUCAUAGUUAAUGUUGUAAAUUCCACUUUAAAGAGGAGCGAUGUUCAUAUUUUGUUAAUAUUCAGUGUUUUAUUGUUUAUAGUUAAUAUUAUAAAUUCCACUUUAAAGAGGAGCAAUGUUCAUAUUUUGUUAAUAUUCAGUGUUUUAUUGUUCAUAGUUAAUGUUGUAAAUUCCACUUUAAAGAAGAGCGAUGUUCAUAUUUUGUUAAUAUUCAGUGUUUUAUUGUUCAUAGUUAAUAUUGUAAAUUCCACUUUAAAGAGGAGCGAUGUUCAUAUUUUGUUAAUAUUCAGUGUUUUAUUGUUCAUAGUUAAUAUUGUAAAUUCCACUUUAAAGAGGAGCGAUGUUCAUAUUUUGUUAAUAUUCAGUGUUUUAUUGUUCAUAGUUAAUGUUGUAAAUUCCACUUUAAAGAAGAGCGAUGUUCAUAUUUUGUUAAUAUUCAGUGUUUUAUUGUUCAUAGUUAAUAUUAUAAAUUCCACUUUAAAGAGGAGCAAUGUUCAUAUUUUGUUAAUAUUCAGUGUUUUAUUGUUCAUAGUUAAUGUUGUAAAUUCCACUUUAAAGAGGAGCGAUGUUCAUAUUUUGUUAAUAUUCAGUGUUUUAUUGUUCAUAGUUAAUAUUGUAAAGCCCACUUUAAAGAGGAGCGAUGUUCGUAUUUUGUUAAUAUUCAGUGUUUUAUUCUUCAUAGUUGAAAUUGUAAAGCCCACUUUAAAGAGGAGCGUUGUUCAUAUUUUGUUAAUAUUCAGUGUUUUAUUGUUCAUAGUUAAUAUUAUAAAUUCCACUUUAAAGAAGAGCGAUGUUCAUAUUUUGUUAAUAUUCAGUGUUUUAUUGUUCAUAGUUAAUAUUGUAAAUUCCACUUUAAAGAGGAGCGAUGUUCAUAUUUUGUUAAUAUUCAGUGUUUUAUUGUUCAUAGUUAAUACUGUAAAGCCCACUUUAAAGAGGAGCGAUGUUCAUAUUUUGUUAAUAUUCAGUGUUUUAUUGUUCAUAGUUAAUAUUGUAAAGUCCACUUUAAAGAGGAGCGAUGUUCAUAUUUUGUUAAUAUUCAGUGUUUUAUUGUUCAUAGUUAAUAUUGUAAAGUCCACUUUAAAGAGGAGCGAUGUUCAUAUUUUUCUAAUAUUCAGUGUUUUAUUGUUCAUAGUUAAUAUUGUAAAGCCCACUUUAAAGAGGAGCGAUGUUCAUAUUUUGUUAAUAUUCAGUGUUUUAUUGUUCAUAGUUAAUAUUGUAAAUCCCACUUUAAAGACGAGCGAUGUUCAUAUUUUGUUAAUAUUCAGUGUUUUAUUGUUCAUAGUUAAUAUUGUAAAGCCCACUUUAAAGAGGAGCGAUGUUCAUAUUUUGUUAAUAUUCAGUGUUUUAUUGUUCAUAGUUAAUGUUGUAAAUUCCACUUUAAAGAAGAGCGAUUUUCAUAUUUUGUUAAUAUUCAGUGUUUUAUUGUUCAUAGUUAAUAUUGUAAAUUCCACUUUAAAGAAGAGCGAUGUUCAUAUUUUGUUAAUAUUCAGUGUUUUAUUGUUCAUAGUUAAUAUUGUAAAUUCCACUUUAAAGAGGAGCGAUGUUCAAAUGUUGUUAAUAUUCAGUGUUUUAUUGUUCAUAGUUAAUAUUGUAAAUCCCACUUUAAAGACGAGCGAUUUUCAUAUUUUGUUAAUAUUCAGUGUUUUAUUGUUCAUAGUUAAUAUUGUAAACUCCACUUUAAAGAAGAGCGAUGUUCAAAUGUUGUUAAUAUUCAGUGUUUUAUUGUUCGUAGUUAAAAUUGUAAAUCCCACUGUCUUUAUUUUCAUGUACAUUCUGGGUGUCCUAUUCAGUAAAAAUACUGUAAAAUUC